AUGGCAAAUGAUUUUCUUCAGUACCUUCGCGGCGAGCAAAGAGCACCUGGAGAGCGUAAGCUUAUACAGAAGCUUGAUUUCUUCAUCUUGACAUUUUGUUGUCUAAUGUACUUUGUCAAUUACUUAGAUCGAACGAAUCUUAACAAUGCUUAUGUUUCCGGCAUGAGAGAAGAGCUAGAUUUCAAGGGUAAUCAGCUCAACCAGAUCAACACCGUCUUUACCGUCGGUUACACCAUUGGCCAAGUGCCAUGUAAUAUUGCGCUUUACUACAUCAAACCACGCUACUUCUUUCCAUCGUGCAUGAUUGCGUGGGGAUGCUUGACGAUGGUGACCGCGGCUGCGCAAAAACCUCAAGAUAUCAUGGCGAUUCGCUUCUUCCAGGCGAUCUUCGAGUCUUCAACCUUCGUGGGGACCCACUACAUCCUAGGUUCAUGGUACACCGGAAAGGAACUUGGCAAGCGAUCCGGCAUAUUCACUGCGUCUGGACUCGCUGGAACCAUGAUUGGUGGUUUCAUACAGACUGGAAUUCACUCUAGUAUGAAUGGCCUCCAUGGUCUCUCGGGCUGGCGAUAUCUGUUCAUAGUCGACGGGAUAAUCACGUUGCCGGUGGCUCUCUACGGAUUCUUGCUUUUCCCUGAUACGCCGAAGAAUACAAGAGCGCCAUAUCUGACGGCACAGGAGAAAGCUUUGGCUGUUUCGCGGGUACCGGAAGUGUCCGAGAAGACACCAAUCUCCUGGAACUUUUUGAAAUACUGCUUCUCCACUUGGUAUUGGUACUUCUUUGUCAUUCUCUGGAUACUUGCUGGAGAAACAGAAUCGUUCAGUACCAACGCACUUUUGCAGUUGUACAUGAAGUCACAUCCCACUAACAAGUAUUCGAUCUCGCAAGUCAACAACUAUCCGACAGGAGUACCGGCUGCAGGCAUUGUUUCGACCCUGUUCUGGGCAACACUCACCGACUAUCUGGGAGGUAAACGCUAUCUUGUAGGAUACUGGAUUGGCAUAACGGGUGUGGUCACAAGCGCAUUGAUUCUGGCAUAUCCUGACAGCACACCCAUACAUUUCGCCAUGUACUACUGGGCAGGUAGCGUAUACGCCUGUCAGGCAACGUUUUUUGCAUGGGCGAACGAUGUUCUUCGCUACGAAGAGGACAGUUUACGUGCUGUAGUCAUCGCUAGCAUGAAUAUGGGAAGUAACGCGAUCAACGCAUGGUGGAGCAUCGUGUUCUAUGGUGCCAAUUUCGCACCAUAUUUCACGCGGGGAAUGUGGGCAAUGAUCGCUGUUAGCAUUGCGAUGGCCGUCUGGACAGGCUUACUCGUGUGGAUGCAUGUCCGCACCGAGAAGAGGAGGGAGUCGGAGACCGAACAAUCCACGGUGGCUAGAAAGGGGCGCUCCGAACAGGACCAAGAUCCGGAAACCAACUACUGGGCAAAGUCAUGA